ACGCUCCCCGCCCAAUAAUGCAAAGAAAAGAAAACCCCAGUUGCAUCCUUCUUCUCUCCCGUCUCUGCUCCAAUACGUAUCCAAAAUCCUCCUUAAAACCCUAAGCCGAGUGAUACUGCUAGUGCUGAAAAGAACAACCGUCUCUCUCUCUCUCUCUCUGGUACUUACGUACGCGGGAUAGCGAGAUGUUUCUGCAGUUCUAUAUCAAUGAAAAUGGGGACAAAGUUUACACAACAAAGAAAGAAUCUCCCGUAGGUGCCAUCACACUAUCUGCUCACCCUGCUCGUUUCUCUCCGGAUGAUAAAUACUCAAGGCAGAGGGUGCUUCUGAAGAAGCGUUUUGGUUUGCUGCCAACCCAAAAGCCCCCACCAAAAUACUAGAGUUCUCUGUUCUCCCAAGAUGCUAGAGCUUUUUCUCGUAGCAUCACGAGACUUGUAUGACCUAUUAUUAGUAGCUAGUUCUAGUCUUGAUGUAUUGUACACUUAUUGAUGAGUUAUCAAUGCAACUGUCUUGAGUUUGCCUAAAUCUUUAAGACUUUGAACUCGUUAUUGAUCUAUGACUUUGUAUUCUCUUGAUGUUCGUACCUUUGAGUGGGAUCUGUUCUCAACAAAUGUGUAAUUAAAGUAACCAUAGUUCCUAAUA